ACAGUGCUGAGCUCCCUGAAUUCCUCUGGCAGCUCAGCAGACUGGGAUGGGCUGCCUGUGCUUUCCCACCUGUCAGCACCUGCUUCCAUGAGGAACAGCAGUCUCUACGAGCUGCUGCAGGUGGGCAGAGCUGCUUCCAGCCAGCCUGAGUGGGGACACUUCUCCCGGCUGUGGCGUGCCACUGGCAGUCUGCUGACCUCCAAAUGGAGCCUAACAGAAGUGGGUGAAUAUGUGGAACUCCUGCAAAUGAUGAAGAAAGCUCUAAUCCUCGUGGACCUUGGGGUAGCUCCUGGAAAAGCAUUGGUGCAUCAGAUUUUUAGUAAUUCUACUGAAGCAAUUAAAUUCUCAGAUCUGAGUGAUUUGUAUAGUUCAUUAAAACUCUUUUUCAGUUCAAGUUCUGCCACAGACAGCACACUGGACUUGGAAAGAAUAUUUCAAGAAAUACUUCCUCUGUAUGAAGGGAGUGAUGAAGGACUGUUCUACUCUAAUCCCUAUGGAAAAGAAAAUCAAGAUGUUCUGACUAUGGCUGCAGUGAUUUGGAAUGAGAUCAUUUUAAACAGGACUCAUUUUAAUGCAGAGAAUGCAUGGGAGGUUAUCAAAAUGCUUGCACUCGAUGCAAUCUCGCUUGAAGACAUUGAAAAUUAUCUCAGCACAAAUGAGAAAGUGUCAUCAUUAUUUUCUGACUUCUUGUCGACCCCUGAAAGUUCUGAAAAUUUUGUAGAACACCUUCUGUCCCUUGAGAAACUUCUUGGUGCCAUGGCAAAGGUGAAUACCAGUGAUCAUUAUCUGCUGAUCUCUUCUUUGUCUGAGCUAAUACAGAAGCUCCCUCCUGGAGGGCAGGAAAAUGAACUUGACGCUUUCUGGCACAUUGCUGAAGGUCUCCAGUCAUUGAACUGGAGUAAUACAGACAGUCUCACUGCCCAGUCACUUCUAGACAUGCUGCAAAAUCUGCUAAAUACAAUGGAAAAUUACUCCAGUCUUCCUUUCAGUAAGGAACUGAAGCAGCUGCUAAACUUUGCAUCCUCCAUCUUUGAGCUGUAUGAUGAAGAAGACUCCAGGGGAAACAACAUCUCCAUGUACUUGCAGGCCCUGCGGAGAGGUAUCUUAACUUUGAAAGGUUUGCAGAAAAGGUAUAACAUCAGUGAGCUUGCAUCUCUCAGCCUGUUACUUGACUCUUACAGUAACUAUACCCCGAGACUGAUGGAAAUGUGGGGAGCAGGAAUGAAAGUUCUUCAUGACACCAACUUAAACAAAACAUUUGAGGAAAAAAUGGACGUUGUCUACAAUUUCUCACGUUUGCUGCUGCAAGAAUUCAGCCA